AUGCCGUUCUUCGAGGAAAUGAUGGAGGGAUCGUCGUACAUCCGCACACACCUGCAGCAGAUAGCCGCAGCGUCGGUCUCCACGGCGAGCUGCGGCGCGUCUAAUAGCGGCGCCGAUGACGCGGAGUGCCGCGACGAGGCGGCGGCGCUGGGGCUCAAGAUGGUGGCCGUCGCGGCCAUACUCGUCGCCGGCGCGACCGGCGUCGCGAUCCCGCUCGUCGGCCGCCGCUGCCGCGGGCGGGAAGGAGCCUCCUCCUCCUCCGCCUCCUUCUCCUCCUCCUCCACCGGCGGCGGGGCGUUCGUGCUCGUCAAGGCGUUCGCGGCCGGGGUGAUCCUGGCCACGGGCUUCGUCCACAUGCUGCACGACGCGGACGAGGCGCUCACCGACCCCUGCCUCCCCGCCGCGCCGUGGCGCCGCUUCCCGUUCCCGGGCUUCGUCGCCAUGCUCGCCGCGCUCGGGACGCUCGUCUUCGACUUCGUCGGCACGCACAUGUACGAAAGCAAGCAGCACCGCGCCGACGCGGCGGAAGGCAAUGCCAGCGCCAAUGCGAGCGGCCACGACGUGACCGUGGCGCUGCUAGAGCACGGCGCGCUCGUGGGGAGCGUUGCCAGCGGCAUAGGGAGAGACGGCGCGCUCAUGGGGAGCGUUGGCAGCGGCAUAGGGUACAGCGCGCUCAUGGGGAGCGUUGGCAGCGGCAUAGGGGGAGGCCACAAGGACCCCAUGCACAUCGUGGGGAUGCGCGCGCACGCCGCGGCACACAGGCAUAGCUACGCCCACGGGAUCGGCCCAUGUGAUGACGGUCACAAUGGGCACGAUGAGGAGCCGUCCCAAGCUCGUCAUGUGGUUGUCUCACAGAUUCUUGAGCUUGGGAUUGUAUCGCACUCCGUGAUCAUCGGGCUAUCUUUGGGCGUCUCACAGAAUCCCUGCACCAUCAAGCCUCUAGUUGCUGCCCUCUCCUUCCACCAGUUUUUUGAGGGCUUUGCAUUGGGCGGCUGCAUUUCUGAGGCUCAGUUCAAGAGUUUUUCUGCACUCCUUAUGGCCUUCUUCUUUGCUAUCACAACGCCUACUGGGAUCACCGUGGGGGCAGGUAUCGCGUCGUUCUACAACCCCAACAGCCCGAGGGCACUUGUGGUAGAGGGCAUUCUGGAUUCCAUAUCGGCUGGUAUUCUGAUCUACAUGGCCUUGGUGGACCUCAUUGCGGCUGAUUUCCUCAGUAAGAGGAUGAGCUGUAACCUGAGGCUUCAAGUCGGCUCAUACAUUGCCUUGUUCCUUGGUGCCAUGGCUAUGUCGUCUUUGGCCAUCUGGGCUUAG